CAAUUCUGCAUUCGAUGAAAUACACCCAGCUUAAUGCGACAACACAGUUACAAGGAUCUGCUCAUUUGACGAGCAUGACACCCUCUAGGGAAUUUCCGGGCAGGUCUGGAGCACGUCCGUCGUAGCAAGAGGCUUCGUGUGAGACGUGUACACUUGCGUCGUCUUCGCCGAUUGUGACCGUCAGGUAGGAACAAAGACCUACACAAUGGCAUUGCACAUUGUGCCUCACAACGACAAAGGGACGCUGCUGAAACACCAUGGCAAUGAACAAUUACUUUUCAGUCGCUGUAUAUGAUGUCGCGCUUGCACUCAGUCUGCCCGCACCACACCAACCUUUCCCUCCAUCACAGACUUCCGAAUCUUCAUAGCAGACCAAGCGGACGAAUACCACCUCUCCUCGGCAACACAAAUCACGAUUCAAACUCCGUCAACCAUGGUGGCUGUCUUCGUCAACGCAACCACGACCUCCCUAACCCCAUCCACCCUCCUCCACAUCUACACUUCCCCUAACAUGCUCACGAAUCUGGCAGGCCCGAACAACGGUCCCUGCAAGGUCUACAGUGAGACAAUCGCCUUCAGUCACGCUCACCGCCGUUAUAUCAACAUCGAGACCAAUCUCCACGGCGCGGUCAAAGACCUCGAGGCACUGCAAACCCAGUACGCCACAAUCCCGGACGACAUCCGCAGCUUGCUGCAGGAAGAUGCGGACCUCGCCAUCUGCGAUGGUGAGCUCGAAUGUGUCAACGCCUCUGUCAAGUUACCUCUCAUGGUCAUCAUAGAAGAGGUCCUGGUAGUCAAGGACGAAGCGGAGAAGCAUCUCCGCAAGGCGAUGAGCAGGUACCUUCCUCGUGAGCGUGGCGAGAUGCAGGCUGACCUGAACAAGGCAAAAGCUGCGCUAGGCCGUGCGGACCAAGUCGGCUCGUCAAUUAUAGGGAGGUUGCUUGACCUGAAAGAAGCCGUCACGGCGCACGAGGAGGCCGUGAAGUUCUUUGACACGAAGCGGGUGAGUUAUCAGGACUCCUACAGCGGUAGCGGCUUCGAGAGCGAGAGCGAGUAUGAAAGCUCUGAGGGUGAGUCCGAAGACGAGGGCUUCGUAAUUCUCUGAAGGCCUCGGACUAUGCGGCGAAGGACCAGCCAGCGAGGUUCUAUGGAAGACACCGGAUACCGCAAGUUUGUUACGCUACAGGUCGUACUAGGCAUUGCGAAUGCCCUAGGCGGUCGGGUAGUGUUCUGUGUGACUUAGCAUAGGAAGUCCUUACAAUCAACAUCAAUACCAAAUUCAGUCAGCUUGUGCCUAAAACCUCCCCGUUGUG